GAACAGUCCACGGGGACAAUAUUAAUCGACUUCAUCCAGUAGCAGACACAUUUGUACGUAUAUGUACAGCUGUCUAUCGUCCCAGCAGCAGCAGCCGCCGACCCGGACUGAGGAUGUCUGUGGACCCGCAUACACAAGAAACCCCGCCAGAUUACGAGGAUGUCGUGGCGGAAGAAGACAGUACCAGUCGGUCGAGGAAGACAGAUAACGUCAAUGUGGCAUAUGAGCCGGAUAUUGACAGAAUAGAGUUGGCAAUAGAACCCGAGGAGGGAUGCAAGAAAGAUCACGUGACAGGAAAAUCAUCACCAACACCUGCAGCGUCCUCGUCAGUGACAUCGUCGUCUGUGUCAAGCGGAGAGAAGACUACAGACAAUCAAGUCGUCGAGGCGCUUAGUGCUGAGGAAGAAAAGAUGUUAUCUGUGCUACGGGACGUCGCCCAGAAAUGUACAAAUGCUAACCCGUUGAAAAGGCCAAGUGCAGAGCAAGUAUUGAAAAUGCUGCAAGUCAUCAACCCCUACCCAGACGAUUACGAUGAUGAUGCAGAUUACGACGAUGAUGACGUGAACGUGAAGUACAGAGUCAGCAAGCAGUGCGAGACGAAAACGACAAAGGAAAUAGCGAUGGCGUCAUCUUAGACUGCGGAUUAUCUGAAAUCGUCAUAAACUAUCUUCAGCUUUGUUUGGAUUUUUGUAUUACUAGUGAUAAUAUUUCCACGUGUUUACCGGCGUUUGUGAUAAUUUUAAAUUAACCCGUUUCUAUUAUUCCCCAUCUAUCGUUUUAUGCGUUUGCCUCUGUAUAUGUAUGUUAAUGGCUCGCUAGUCAUCCGCUCUAAUACAUGUAUGACCAGUCUGUUGCCAGGGCGCCUAGAGACAAAAAUAGACAGUGACAUCGUUAGCAUCAUCUAUCACUUACAAACGUCCAAAGUAUCAAACUAGUAUAAUCCCAACGUAAACAGGACACUUGUCAGAUUUAUAGCGGUUUGUUACGUUAAUAUUUCAGUAGGUAUUUAUCAGUUUCUUGCAUGUACAUUUUUAAUUCAAAUGAAUCAUAAUUAGGAAUUUCAGUUAUAACAAGAAUACCAGUCGCAGCUGUCAACAAUGGCUUUAUGAAUUUCAAUCAUCCUUGUAUGGAUAUCUAAAAUAAUUCAAUGAAUAUCAAUCACGUUUAAUGAAAUUCAAUCAGGCUUUUAUGAAAUGCAAUCACACACUUUUGUGAAUUGUAAUUGUUAUUCAUGGACUAUGAAUUUUGAACAAUCUUUUGAUGUUUAUUGGAAAAAACGCAGAUAGAUUUCAUCAAUAAUUCUCGAUGGACAUGCCCUCCCUUGGCCUUUUGUCUGACGAAAGUGACUGAGUGUAGUCACGUGACCUCACGUGAUAUCCUACACUGGUGAUAAUUAUAGGAACAUCAUUUUAUAUUAUCAGAGCUUGUUGUCUUCAUUGUUAGGGUAAACAGUUGCUGAAAUCAUUAUUACUUGUUUACAAUGUUGGGUAGUUUAUGCUAGAAAGGCCGUUUUAUUAAAGCUUGACUAGAUAUUUCAUUGUGAUCAGUGGACUGACUAAAAUAGGAUUUUGACAGCUUAUUUUGUAUCGGAGAUAAUAGGAGGGGUUACAGUCAAGUAUAAUGGUUCGCCUUGUGAAAUCUAAAUAAUUUGUUUUAUUUCUUUGUACCAUUUAUGUAAUAAAACGUGUUCAACAAAUAA